AUGAGUCAUGCGGGGAGUACGCUCCAUGCUGGAGCCACGGCCAACCAACCUCCUAAUACAGUAAAAAAGCCAAAGCGCAACGUUCCACCAUGGAUCUCUUUAGUAUCAGGAGGCGUCGCUGGGGGUAUUGAAGCGGCCGUGACGCUCCACAGCCAGGGAGCAGCUACCUCUUCCAAUCCAUUAAAGUUGAUUAACCAAGUCGCUAGAAACGAUGGCAUCCGUGCUUUGUACACUGGCUGCUCCACCCUGAUUGUCGGCACCACUGCCAAAGCAGCCAUUCGUUUCCUCUCCUUCGAUACGAUAAAGAAUGCGCUGGCUGACGAGAAGGGAAAACUUUCCGUGCGUGGGGGCAUCCUGGCCGGUAUGGUCGCUGGAGCUGUCGAGAGUGUCUUUGCCGUGACUCCUACGGAACGAAUCAAAACAGCCCUAAUCGAUGAUGCCAAAGGCGCACGCCGAUUUAAGUCUAGUGUCCACGCAGCUAGACUGCUCGUCCAGGAAUCCGGCAUGUCUGCACUGUACCGAGGUCUUCUCUCUACAACCCUCAAGCAGUCGUCGACAUCUGCGGUGCGUAUGGGCACAUACAACAUGCUCAUGGAAACGGUCAAGAGCUACAAUAUCACACCGUCAAUGCCUGUAACCUUCGGGACAGGCACGGUAGCGGGCAUCGUGACAGUGUAUGCUACGCAGCCUUUCGAUACGCUCAAAACACGGGCCCAAAGCGCUCACGGAGCGGGCCUGGGGGAGGCUGCAAAGAGCGUGAUUGCGGACCAUGGGAUCGGGGGAUACUGGAAGGGAAGCUCGAUGAGGCUGGGCCGGUUGGCUUUCAGUGGUGGGAUUGUUUUUACUAUUUAUGAGAAGGUUUCGGCACUUCUUUCCUUAGCGACAGAGAAAUAA